CUUCAACCAUUCGUCUAACCAAAAACCAAACAAACAUCAGCCAGCCACAGACCUCCCUCCCUCUCUCUGUCUCUCUAGAUAUAUCUGUAAAAAUCAAACUUCUCAGAUCAUCAGUUAUCUGAUAUACAUCUCUCUAACACACACUCUUUCUAUAUAUAGCUCAGUGACUACUUCAAUGGCUGGUGUACUCGAAACCCUCACUGUCCCUCGUACCUCUGUUAUUCCGUCGGCUACUUUGUCUCCGAUCGCGAAUUUAUCUGUUUGUGCACUUUCUGGAAGCCGGAAAUCGAUCAAGUUGCCGGAAUUCAGAGGCCUGAAGAUCCAGUCGACUUCUUCAAGUCGCUCUGUGGCAUCGUCGAGUUCGAGAGUCGUUCGCCGUGGGGGACGAAUCGUUUGCGAGGCUCAAGAGACGGCAGUUGAAGUGCUUUCUGUCACGGACGCAACAUGGCAGUCACUCGUCCUCGAGUCUGAUUCCCCUGUUCUGGUUGAAUUCUGGGCUCCUUGGUGUGGGCCAUGCCGUAUGAUCCACCCUAUUAUUGAUGAAUUGGCAAAGCAAUAUGCUGGGAAGCUCAAAUGCUACAAGGUGAACACUGAUGAGAGCCCCUCAGUUGCAACCCGAUAUGGGAUCCGAAGUAUUCCAACUGUCAUUAUCUUCAAGAGCGGGGAGAAAAAAGAUGCCAUUAUUGGUGCAGUUCCUAAAUCAACACUAACCACGAGCAUAGAAAAAUUCUUGUAGAGGUGGUAAGUAUAAAAAUCCAUUGUGGGAAUUAAGCUUCUCUUAUAUUUGUCUAUUCUCCCUUUGGCUUAUGAUGUCAAUAAGUCCAGUUGCUAUGCUGCCUCAAUAAACUCAAUAUGCUCCUGUAUAGUUACUGAAUCUACUGUAUUUCUUGUUUUUCUCUUAAGAUGAUGUUAGUUGCCUAUACCUUUCUUAUAUUUCUUAAUGGCUCUUUUUGAUUAUUGAA